CUUCUACUUCAACUAACAUGUCUGCCAAAAUCAUCUUUGUUGCUCUUUCUGCUGCCCAACUUCUCUCUACUGUCAUGGCUGGUGUUGCUCUUGGAGGUACUCCCAAUGCUCCAUGGGGUGAUUGUCAAACUUUUGACCAUAAAUACUCAAUUGAAGCUCAAGAUUGUAUCAAUGGUUUAGCUGUGAAGGUGGAAGUAAACGAAGGUGACAAUAAUGUGUCCACCUAUACUAAUAGUAACUGUAAAUGCACGUUUUCAAAGGAGGAUCGAACCGGACAUGUCACUGUUUCCAGCGCCUUUUAUCACUCGAUCAAUGAUUUGAGAAGUGCUGCUGAUAGGGGUUGUUCCGACUACACCUAUAUUGACCAAACAGAUGCUUCUCGUAACAUGGCUACUUGGUAUUGCUACGGAAAGUAGAUAACAGUAUAUUCUCUAUCUUUUUUUUUCUCUUCUCUUUUUUUUCGUAUCGCAUCAUUUUUCAUUAUGAUUCAAUAAAUUUGAAAAUUUAAAAAAAUA